GUAAUUCGGUGGAGAGCGGCUUGGUGUGUGGCUGUGUUCCGUGAGCGGAGCGCACAUUACAGUUUGAGCCGGUCGGAUUUCUUGAUCUGCCUCCGCCGCCCUCUACCCUCUAACCCAAGGCAAAUCCGAGCCCACCUCCCACUGCAGCUGCCGGUAUACCGCACGCCGCCGGGCUUUCUUGCGGGAUGAUUCUGGACAGAGGCAGCGAGAACGGCAGCGAUCCGGAGAGCUGUAUGAUGUCGAGUCCCAUAAACCUGGGUUACUUUUUCCAGAGCUCCCCGGCAGCCAGUGAGCCGUGCUCCCCGCCUACCCCCAGCUCUCCGCAGUCAGACUCAGACUCUCAGAGUGGCGCCUCAGAGAGAAGCUGCAGGAGCGCAGCCCACUCUGGCACAGAGAGGUCUGAAAGACGACAUUUCCAAGGAGUUCGAGUGAAGAAUCCUGUUAAGGAGCUCCUUAACAAUUUCAGGAACAUCCGCAGAGGCAACAACCUGGAAAAUUAUGCGCCCCAAUUGAAGUCAAAAGAAGAACAGAUUUCUGAAAUAAGAAGUCUCCUGGUCAGGGGAAAAAGAUCAGCUUUGGAGAAUCUGUCUGAUGCACCUCCUUAUAAACAAUCACCAGCACAUACAUCAUCUUAUUUGCUGACUCCACCCCAGACACCAAACUCUGUUGAGAAUUCAGAUGGAGCCUACAAAACUGAACUAAGGAAUGAUGUAAAUCCAGAUGCUCUUCAGGAUAUAAUAAAAAUGUUGCAGAAUGACACCCAUCAGAUCUCCCUGAACACAGUCCAGGUCAGCUGGGCCAGUUUUGCCAAGAAUGACCAAGUUUUUCAGGGAAAAAGAGAAUUGCACACAAACAGUUAUGUGCAGGACCUCCAGCACAGCCAGCUGUCCCCUGGACAGUGCCAGGACUUGCAGCAAUUCCAAGUCCAUAGCCCACCUCAAGUCACAGGGCAGCAUAAAGGUUUUCAACCAUUUCAAGGUGUAGAUCAUUCUCCAAGUUACCAGCAGCUACUGCCCAAUGGACAGCUCCAAGAUUAUCAACAGGUGUCUAGUGAAUUUCCACAGUUUACGACUGACUUUCAAGUACAUCCUAACCCUUCUCUGUCUGAGGGGUACCCAAUUCCUCAAAACCAACCUUUGGGUGGUCAACCAUCAUCUGAAUUUUAUAUUCCAGGUUGCAGCUCCCUGCAACCCAAUAUUCAGGAAGAAAUAUCUCAUCCUGCCUCCAUGUACUAUCCUAUACAACCUCAAGGCAAGUCCUUCUUUCAAUGGCAAGUUGAACAAGAAGAGAAGAAAUUAUCCAACCUUACCCAAGAGCAACUUCUUUCCAAAGACUGUGAUGGCGACACUCUACUGCAUAUUGCUGUUGCACAGGGCAGACGGGCUCUUGCAUAUGUCCUUGGGAAGAAAAUGGCUACGAUUAACAUGAUGGAUGUUAAAGAACACAAUGGCCAGAGUGCUUUGCAGGUAGCUGUUGCUGCCAACCAGCACCUGAUUGUUCAGGAUCUGGUCAACCUUGGAGCACAACUGAACACUUCAGACCGCUGGGGCAGAACACCACUACAUGUGAUCGCAGAAAAAGGUUUUGUUCAAGUGCUUCUGGCCAUUGAAAAGGGAACAGCACUAAAUUACCAGCAUCUCAAUCUCGAAGUUACAAACUUUGAUGGUAUGACUGCUCUACACUGUGCUGUUCAGGCCCAGAACCGUGUGCUGCACGAGCUACAGAAGAAAAUUCAUCAGCAGCCUCCAUCUGUUGAGGUGCAGGAACUGGCCAUGAAAAGCAAGGGCUUGUUGGAAACAAUUAAAACCCUUUUGCAGAUGGGGGCAUCAAUUGAAACUCGGGAUCGGAAGAGUGGCCGUACACCUCUGCAUUUGGCUGCUGAGGAAGCAAAUGUUGACAUUCUGCGUCACUUUCUUGAGCAACCAACGAGCCUUAAUGUUGUAAAUGCUAAGGCGUAUAAUGGCAACACUGCUCUUCAUGUCGCAGCGGGCAUGCAAGACCGGGUUAGUCAGGUAGACGCUGUCCGGCUUCUGAUGAGGAAAGGAGCUGAUCCUAGUGCCAGAAACCUGGAGAAUGAACAACCAGUGCAUCUGGUGCCAGAUGGUGCAAGAGGAGAAGAGGUUAAGCGCAUUUUGAAGGGGAAAGCUGUCCAGUCAAGAGUGCCUAACUUCUGAUUUCCUGUUUCAGAAAAUUUUCCUGUCACCCCCACUGUCAGUUAGGCAGUCGUGUUAGAUUUGUACAGAGAUAUUUGCUAGCUACUGGCAAAUGUGUGUUGUUUCUUUGAAAGAAACUUUCAUUGUUGACUACUGUGUAGUAUUUAGUAAAAUAAUGGUAGUAUUAACCAGUAUCUUGUUUUAAACUGUGCGCGCAUUAUACAAUUUGUGAAGUAAAAAUGUAUGGGCUUCAGCUGACUUUUAAGAUGCGUUUUUUAAAAAAAUGUAUUCCAAAGGAUCAGUGCAACAAUGUGUAGUUAUGAUCAGGUGCAUAUAUCUACUUAGAAAUUUAAAAACAUAACUCCAGUAUAUUUAAAUAUCAUAUAUGCUUUUGUUGUCUUGAACUAAAGUGUGUCAUUUAGUCAUAACAUUCAUUCUACUUAAAUUGUUCUGUAUGAGUUUUAUCUUUGGUUUUGCUGCUGCGAGAGGAAUGCAAAAGCUCAGAUGUUCAGUAAUUUCAAAUGUUUUUUGUAAAUGAAAUCCUGAAAGAUUUAUUGACUACGCCUUUGGUUUAUAGAUCUUUUGAGUGAGAUGUUUUGGAAGGAAAUGUCUAGAUAUAACCAUAGAUAUGAUUUAAAUCGAGUGCCUUACAGUUUUUUUUCCAGUGCUGACCCAGAUAUUUGCCUUGAUUCACAUGAGCUUUCUUGUCUACUCACAAACUGACAUGAGUAGUAAAAGCUUACAUUACCCUUACAAAUGCAUUCUUCUAUAUGCCGAGUGAAUGUAUUUUGCUUUGGUGAGGUAUGCAUUCCUUUAACAAGAGGGCUUUGCUUAUUCUUGUACCAGAUUUAUUGACCAGAGUAUUUGUAUGGGGCAUCCUGAGAUAGGUGGAUGCACUAAUUGAAGUAGAAAUGGGUCAAAUAAACAUUUAAUGUGAGAAGGAAUUGCACACGUGGUACAUUUAAAGAAAUAAAACAAGUGAUAAUGUCAAGGGCAGGUACCUGAUGUGAAGAGGUUAGAUGGAAAUAGGAUGUUGAGUAUGGAAUAGGUUGAAUGAAGUCAUUUGUGGAUGAGAAAGUUAAGGUUGAAGAAGAAUUAUUUACAGGGUAUAAUCCAGAAGAUGGAUUUACAAUGCAUGCUGAGUGGAACAAUGAUAGGAAAUUGAUUGGCAUAGAUUUGGGUGCAAUAUAAAUUAGUAUAAGUGGCAAACCCUCAUUUCUGGGUUAAUAUUUUUAUACUAUUGGAUAUCUGUUUGUUUCAACAGGUAUAUAAUUGUAGUUCUCACCGGUAAGGAAGAUUUUGUUCUCUAGUAUUUGCGUACUUUGUGCUGGAUUUAAAAAAAAAAUCCUUAGUACUCACUAUGAUUGUCAAAUGUGAUUUGCAUCUAAUUCUUUUCAAUAACUGAUUUUUAAGAAUAGAACAGUUAAUAUACUGAAUUUUGUUGCACUUAUUUGAUAUUUAGUAACUUUUUAAUCAAGAUAAAUGUAAAAUUGUGAACUAUUUGGCCUUGAAAGAGCUAAUAAAUCAACUUUCUAGAAGGCUGUUUGUUCAAUCAUGAAGUUUAAUAAAGUAUGUCUUGUGGACAGAUUCUAACUGUUAUUUGACGAUAACAUUACAUUAAAUUUUUGAUGCAC